UCCACUGUGGAAUGAACACAAACACGCGUGUCUCUCGCUAUUCUGUGGGAAUAUAGGAGCUCAAUCGACUCUCAGUCACUACUGCUGAUUUUACUACAGUGGUUUCACAGGAUUACAGCAGAUGGUGUCUGUUUUUUUUUUUUUACUAUUAUCCCUAUUUCUCCCCAAUUUGGACUCCCCAAUUCCCACUACUUAGUAGGUACUUCUGAGACCGUCAAUCCGCGCAUCUUAUCACGUGACUCGUUGUGCAUGACACUGCGGAGACUCACAGCAUGUGGAGACUCAUCCUACUCUCCAUGAUCAACGCACAACUUACCACACGCCCCAUUGAGAACGAGAACCACUAAUCACGACCAUGAGGAGGUUACCCCAUGUGACUCUACCCUCCCUAGCAACCAGGCCAAUUUGGUUUAGUGCUGGGACUAUUCAUCGACGUAAUCGACGUCAUCGAUUACAGAAAUACGUCGAUUUGCAUAACAUGCGUUGGCGCGUCGCAGCGCCUGAUUUAAGUAUGGAUUCCCCCGAAGAACAAGCUGCAGCUAAAAAAAACUUGCCUACGUUCAUCUAAAGCGUGGGAGUAUUUUAGCCAGAGACUCAACAAUGUGGUGCUGUGUAAGCUAUGCAAAUUGGAAAUGGCUUAUCACAGCAGUACAACUGCCAUGAACGAACACUUGAAGCGAAAGCAUCCCAGAGCGCUUUGUCAAGACGGCAGCAAGGCAGCACCGUUAACAGGCUACUUCUUUCCUGAUCUGAUCACUAUGAUGAAACACUGUCCGCCGUUCACGUGUGGUUCCAUACAGCAGUGACGCUACAGUCGAGUCCAGACAAACAGGAAGUCCAGGUCUGCGUUAAAAUGUCUGCGUGUGGUGAGUUUGCAGAGCACGUGUGGAAACCCGGCUCCUGUAAGAACUGCUUUCACCCUCGCAGUGCGCAUGCGCAGACGGGCACAGCGGGCAGCAUCAAAAGCAGCCUGAAUGCUGAAGAUGAGGAUGGGUUGACGUCUCCCUCACCCUAUAGUAAACCCACCAUCGCUGUCAGACCCACCAUGAUGAACAUAGACAUCACUACAGACAUCAACAUGAACAUGGAGCAGGAGAACCAGAAAAGCUCUGUUGGACUGAAGAAAGCUGUGCAUUUGGCUCCUUUGUUCAUCGAUAGCAGUGGAUGUAACAGGACAGUAAUACAGAACGGUGUUUCUGGAAAGAAGGAAUAUCCCGACAAGUUCCUCCCAAGCAUUUGUUCGCCCACUGGAUUAUCCAAAGACUGCAUGAGUAUCAGCAAUAUAUUUGUGAGUCAAGAAAACGGCUGCGGCCCGCAUAAUUGGAGAGACAAUGGAAACAGCGACCCCUAUAGACCACCGGCACCAACGAUCAAGAGCACUUACGCAAAUGGAGAUUCACGUCUUCACCAAAUGACUGAAAGAACCCUGUCAAUAGGAAACAAUGAUGGAGUUAUGAGUCCUCUGAGGUCAUCUAUAGAGGAAAGGCAAACACCUUUGGGAGUCACACAAGGGAAUACGGUUAACAGAACUUCUAAUGAGACACAGAGUACCUCACCAUCUUCUACAAUGACUCCAGACUUUCACGAAAACCUGUCAGACUCUUGCUUUAAUCCAAGCAGCACUGAUUCGUUAAAGGGACUCCCGAGCCCUCAAAACUCCCCAGAUUCUGCAAGCGUUCCUCCAAACAGACAUGAGGAAAGUGAGCCGAUCUAUGCUGAGAGCACCAAGAGGAAACGGCGAACACAAGGAGACAGGAAGACACAGCAGUCCUCUGAGUCCGAAUUGGAGGUCAACAUCAACGAAAGUCAAAGGGCAACCAUUACGGUCAUUGCCGCUCAUACGGAGGAGAACAACCUGACGUUCUACUUGAGCAGCCCGGAUUCUGCCGUAAGCACCCAAUGGACCCACUUUAGCCCCACAGCACCCAAAGACGUGUCUAGCACAGCGUUCACUUGGCCAAAUGUCCCUGAAACCACCGAAAUGACCCCUAUUACUUGUAACCAACCAAAGCCUCAAUCUAGUCCCCCAGUACCCCCAAAGAUCAACACCCGGUCGCCAAGACUUGGUACCUCCAGUCUCUGCUUGUUACCUUUAUCUGAGCUCAGCUUCCAUUUGGUUCUUCCUCCAAAAGGUAUGGCCCCCGUUCCCUCCCAAGAGAACAGCCACCUCCCUGGCCCAGCUCAUGCCCACUUGGAGCGGAGACUCAAGCCUCACAGUGCCAGGAGUCUUGAGGGUUGUAUUGAUGAGGUGGAAGAAGAGGCUGAGCCAGAGGAGGGUACAACCCAGAGAGCCGGCUCUUGUGGCAGGCCGGGCGACUCCAUCAAUGGACUUGCUGUUUGGGGCUGUGAGUCCAAAGAAUGGAGUGAGGGCAGUGCAUCGCCAGGCACCAACACCAACAAAAGCACCAGUCAGACACAGACUGGUGUCCCAGCGGAGGAUAACAGAGUGAGCGAGAGCAUGCUUACCAGAGUCGUCUCAAUCCCAUCUCCUCUCGUCAACUCCACCGAACUCAACACUGAGAAAGCCUCCAGUCGAGACACGGUGCCACCUCCACCUCCUCCUAAGAAGCAUCAUCGGGUGUGUAAUCGUUUGAGUGGCAGUAAUAUGGAUCUGGACCGCGUCAGUCAGCCGGGAUCAGUGGAGAAUCUCAGCCAAUCAAUACGAGGACUCAACUGCUGCACGAACGCUUCUACAAACAGUCUACAAGCGCUCUCAGACCGCGACUCCACCUUCUGCUCUUUCCCCUCCCCUUUUCCCAGCAGCCCAUUGGCCUCCGCCCCAGUGUCACCGCAGCCUGAUGCAUUUCCUAGCAACAGUCUUGCUCAUCAGCUGCAGCCACCACCAUUACCGCAGAAGAAGCUGGUGAACCGCACAACGUCGGUCCUGAGUGAAUCAGGAGUCAAACUGCUUGUCUGCGGUCGCCCGCGGCUCCCGUUCAGCGACUCAGAAAGUAACGUGAGCCGCCCAGAUGCCGCACGCCCUCUGCGCAGUCACCCGUCCAGUCCGGUGGAGCCCCACCCCCUGUACUCUUCCAGCGAAUCCCUGGAGUGCUGCCCACCCCUGCGCUCUCGAACCCUGGACGAGCCCCAGUUCAGAGGUCACGGAAGGCUCAGGGGUCACAGCCGCGGGAGCAUCACGUCCAGCUCAUCGCCACAGCUCAACACGCUGCUGUCCACGCCACCGGCAGUGGGCUCGACCCUGCAGCUGCACACGCUGCUCAGUAACAUGGACAGUCGCGAGGGGAUCUACUCCAAACUGGGCGGUCUGUACGCGGAGUCGCUUCGGCGUCUUGCGCUCAAGUGUGAGGAACAUUUCACGCGCAGCCAGAGAAACCCGCUGCGAUUCGACGAGAGCAACUGGUCGCUAUUUAAACUGACCUGUAACAAGCCGAGCUGUCUGUCUGGAGACGCUGUGUAUUAUUCUGCUUCCUGUGCGUCAGACUCCCACAACACGUAUGCUGUGAAGAUCUGUAAGGGUCAGUCAGCUGACAGUAAUCAGGGUCAUCUGUACGGUCUGUCUGUGCAGCAGAAUCUGCCGGCUCACUUUAACCUGCAGCAGGACUGUGGUCACUUCAUCGCAUGCGUGCCGCAGAGCAUGUUACCCAGUGAGCAGAGUGCAUCCAGUGCACCAGGACCGUCCGAGCAGGAGCGCGUGGUGGUCAUCACGCGAGAGGUUCCUCACCAGAGCGCCGCCGAUUUCGCCAAAGAGUGGGAGUCGUUCCAUAAGGCGCAACCGGAAGUUUACGAGCGGCGUGUUUGUUUCCUGCUGCUGCAGCUGUGCACGGGACUGGAGCAUCUGAAAUCGCAUGGGGUCACGCACCGCGACCUUUGCCUCGAAAAUCUGCUCCUAGUACAGCACCGACACUCAUCCACAGAAAACGGAACGAGUCCCGACCCGCAGCAGCAAUGCCUGCCACGUCUCCUCAUCAGCAACUUCUGCAAAGCCAAACAGCGUAACGCAGGCAACGCAACGGUUUGUGCCGAUCCACGCCUCACUCGAGACCAUGCCCGUUUGGCGCCAGAGAUCGUCUCCGCCGCGCAGUAUCGCAAAUUCGAUGAGUUUCAAACCGGCAUUCUGAUCUACGAACUUCUGCAUCAGAGCAACCCGUUCGAGGCGACGCCCGCGCUGCGACAACAGGAAUACAAAUGCGGCGAUCUGCCACCCGUCCCGAGCGUGUCAAUUUACUCGGCCGGACUCCAAAGACUCGCUCACCUGCUUCUCGAGCCUGAUCCGGGGAAACGCAUCCACAUCCAGGACGCCAAGCGUGUGUUGCAGGGGUUGCUGUGGGGGCCGCGGCGAGACCUCUUGGAGCAGCCGUGGGUGUCCGCGGGUGGCGUACGGCGAGUCGAGCAGCCCAGACACGAGGGAUUGUUGAACUGGUUGGACGUAAAGCGCGCUCUGCUCAUGAUGAAGUUUGCAGAACGCUCGCUGGAGCCAGAACGGAACGCCGAGCUCGAGGAUUGGCUCUGCUGUCAGUAUUUCUCCUGCGCUAACCCCAAAUCACUGUGUCAAACUGCCGAACUGCUGUACAAUGUCAAGUUCUCACACUGAAGUCUCUGAACAUAAACAAAAACAUGUCAAUUCCUGCCAACAAAUGCAUGACGUCCGUUCAAGUGUUCAAAGAACAAGAAAAGGACUUGCAAAACUGACUGAAGACUUUUGGGCAUGAAUAAUUAAUAGGAAAAUAACAAACGCAUCUCAUCCGCAUGUGGCAUGGAGUUCAGUAAUGUCUAAACACUGUGUUUUUACUGUAAGAUGGAAAACAGAAAUGUGACACCAGCACAGACCGAUAACAGACUCGUCCACACUCAUAUGUUUUCAUUUGAAAACGCAUCAAUUUCGGCGUUCUCCACUAUGGAAAACGGAGCGUUUCCAAAUCUCUCUCCAAAACCACGAUGGAGGUGUCAAACUUAAUCGGAUUGGUUUGGACGCGGCCCGAGAGUUUGUGCUCUAACAUUCCACUGAUUUAUUGAAUCUUAUUUUUAUGUAUUUUGGGGUCUUUGAAAUGAAGUGAAUGAAUUCUCACAUUCACUCUGUCAUUUGCAUUUUUUCAUCCCCAAAAGAAAUUAUAUUUUGCUUAAAGAAAAUUACAUUUAUUUUUGAGGCCAUAAAGAUUAUUUGCAUUGUGACAUUAUUUGGAUUUUUUUUAUUACAAAUUAAACACAUUUUACCCCCAACAUUUUCAUCACUGUAAUGCAAAACAAAAUCUCAUUUCUGUAAAAUGAUCAUGAAAAAUCAUCCUGUUCAGGCACAAUGAUUUUUAUUUAUUUAUUUUUAUUAAGAACAGCGUAAAUUGGGGCCUGGGUAGCUCAGUGGUAAAAUACGCUGGCUACCACCCCUGGAGUUCGCUAGUUCGAAUCCCAGGGCAUGCUGAGUGACUCCAGCCGGGUCUCCUAAGCAACCAAAUUGGCCCGGUUGCUAGGGAGGGUAGAGUCACAUGGGGUAAUCUCCUCGUGGUCGCUAUAAUGUGGUUUGUUCUCGGUGGGGCGUGUGGUGAGUUGUGCGUGGUUGCCGCGGUGGAUGGCGUGAAGCCUCCACAUGUGCUACGUCUCCGCGGUAACGCGCUCAACAAGCCACGUGAUAAGAUGCGCGGAUUGACGGUCUCAGACGCGGAGGCAACUGGGAUUCGUCCUCCGCCACCCGGAUUGAAGCGAAUCACUACACCACCACGAGGACUUAGAGCGCAUUGGGAAUUGGACAUUCCAAAUUGGGAG